AAACAGCCAACACCAAAUACAAACAAACAAAAAAAAAUAAUAAACCUCAUCAAUCUAAAGCCAGUGACCAGACAGAGGAGAAGUCAGACACCAGUCAGUCAGUCAGCCGAUUUUGCCCCAUCGUGCGCCCCCUGCCUUAUUUAGUUGGAGAUACAGAAACGAAGUCAGAGAGAUGACAUCACGUGUGCGUCAUUGUGCCCGUUUGGGCAUCGUUGCGCUUGGAAUCUGUUGCAUAGUAGCCGGCAUAUAUCUAUUCCGCAAUUGGAUCGACAUGUUCACACGCAUGCGCGGCAAGGAAAUGGCACUCAGUCCCACAUCAAGAUCAUACGAAGGCUGGAAAGUUUCACCUUUACCAUUGAAUUUUGAUGUCUAUAUAUUCAAUUGGACUAAUCCAGAGUAUUUUUAUAUUGGCUCUGGACAAAAGCCACGCUUCGAACAACUGGGACCAUAUCGUUUUAGAGAAAAACCCGAUAAGGUCGAUAUCAAAUGGCAUAAUCAAAACUAUUCAGUAUCAUUUCGCAAGAAGUCAUUUUUCUAUUUCGAUGAAGAGGGCAGUAAUGGAAGUCUAAGUGAUGUUAUAACAUCGGUUAAUACCAUUGCACAUGCUGGAGCUAGACAUGCAUCUGAAUCAUUUUUUGGAAACAUAAUGCUCAACGGUGUAAAUUCGGCAUAUUCUCAACGAAUUAGCAUUACAACAACGGCAGAAGAGUUUCUGUUCAAGGGUUUUGAACAUCCUUUCAUUAGUAUUGGAAAUGUUUUAAGUCCCUCGAUGGUGCCAUUUAAACGUGUGGGCUAUCAAUAUCCACGCAAUGGCUCAGCUGAAUUUGAUGGCGAUAUAAAUAUGUUUACGGGAGCUGAUGAUAUUGCGAAAAUGGGACAGAUUCAUACCUGGAAUAAUAUGACACAUACAGGAGCAUUUGAGGGUGCCUGUGGUCAGGUGAUGGGCUCCAUGGGUGAAUUCUUUCCACCCAAUUUGAAGCCAAAGGACACUGUUUACAUGUACAUGCCGAAAAUGUGUCGGGCCGUGCCCUUAGAUUACACGGAAACUGUCACUGUUCAUGGUGUCACGGCUUAUAAGUUUAGUGGUACGGAUCACGCAUUGGAUAAUGGCACCGUGUAUCCAGAGACCAAAUGCUUUUGCGAAGAAGGAGACUGUCAACCGAUUGGUGUGAUUAAUAUACGCAAAUGUGCACAGAAUUCCUCCGUGUUUAUGUCAUAUCCACAUUUCUAUAAGGCCGAUCCUAGUUAUCUAGAAGCUAUUGAAGGUUUAUCACCGGAUCAGUCGAAACAUGAAUUCUUUAUGACUCUAGAGCCCAAUGCUGGAGUGCCCAUGGAUGUGGGUGGUGGUUUUCAGGCUAAUUAUCUGAUGGAGCCAAUUCCUGGAAUAAGUUUAUUCCGUAAUGUUCCACGUGUCAUGUUGCCAAUGAUGUGGUGCGAGGAGCGAGUUCGUGUCACCGAAGAUAUUGCCGCUGACAUAGCAUUAGUUCCUUUAAUUGUUCUCUUGGGGCAAAUAGUCACUGGUAUAUUGCUGGCUGGUGGUCUAAUUUGCACCUGCUGGUAUCCCACGAGGCAAGUGACACAACUUUGUCAUGGUGAUCCCAAGGCCAAGGCAAUGGCCUUGCGUCCACUCGCCGCAUUUGGUGGUGUUGGUGCCUCCGCCUUAAAUUCAUCGGCUGCUAAUGCCGGAGGAGCAACAGCAGCAGCAGCAACAGCGCCAGGAACACUUUUGCGUACGACCCAUGAACGCAUAGGAGUCCGUCUGCUGGAUUACAGACGUGACUCUGGUUUACACGAGGACCAGAAUAGCAAGGAGAACUCACCGAGAGAGCGUCUAAUAACUGAACCCGACUCGCCAGAUGUGAUAGUUAGAUAAUAAUUAGAUUUGUUUGAGAACAAAAGAAACCAUUUAAGCUCAAGACUUGUUAAAUUGUUAUCUACACCUAGCUUAGAUGAGUACAAAAGUGAUGAAGCCAUUUUGCCUAUGCCUAUGCCAAUUUAUAUCAUUUACAUCACAAGUCCGCAUAAACUUUAUCCACAUUAAUAGGAGAUAUAUAGAAUUCUCCCCCUUUCCAAAACACUUGAGAGAGAGAGAUUUGAAUAAGAUUAUUUAUUUUAGUGCCAAAAAGUUGAGAAAGCAGCACCCUAAAAAUAAUAAAAUAAGACAAAAAGUCAUUAACUAUUUUAGUUCAGAAACAAAAUGUAUAUAUAUAUAGAAAAACUGAAACUAUUCAUCCCCAUAAUCACCUUAUUUUGCCCAUCAUUGAAAAGUUUACACUGCUCACGUCCAAAGUAUUUAUGUAGAUUAAAUAUAAUACAUUUAUAAAAUAAUUAUUAUUGUAAUACGA